GCACAGACCAGGAGCUCGGCUCUGGCCUCCAAACACCUGACCUGCCCCAGGAGGACAAUUCCCUGCAGUGGCAAAGGAAAGCUGUGCCAGACCCCACUUUGACUGAAGACCUGCAUGUCAGCUGGGAGACCCCUCUGGAAAGCAGCCCAGGCAGCCAAGAGGAGCAUAGGACACGGCAAACGGUGGAGAGCAGUAAGAAGGUGGAAGCUCAUCUCUUGCCCAAGAAGCUGAAACCCCAACUCCCUGGCCUGAGAAAAGCAGCCAGAGCAGGUCCUUCUCCAAGCCUUCCUGGCAGGAUCGCCGCAGUUUUGGCAGGAGCUGUCUCCAGGCAGUUCAUCGUCUUUGCGAACAGACUGAGCACUAGGGAGAACAGGCAAACAUCACUGCCCAGAAUGACACAGGUGGAGGUACAGAACCAGUCUCAGCCUCAAGCCAUGGCUUCUCCCAGCCAUCAGAGGGGCAGUUCACUGACACACCCCAUCCCAAACUCAGCUCAAGCCCUGCAGGCAGAGGACUUUAACGAAACACAUCUGGAGACAGGAUUUUUCCUAAACUGGACAGCAGCCUCUACGGUCAAGCAGGUGACAAAUGGAGGUCAGAGGGCCAGAGGAGUCGCCCCUCAAGGCAAGACGUGUGAGCCCCAGACUGACAUUGUUUUCCUCAAAGUGCACAAGAGCGCCAGCAGCACCGUCAUGAACAUCCUCUUCCGCUUUGGUGAGACGCACAACCUCACCUUCGCCUUCCCCGUGGGCGGGGGCUUCCAGCUCUACUACCCCCACCACUUCAUGGCAAAGUUCGUGCAGGGCUUCUCUCCCAAGAGCCCCCAGCGGUUCAACAUCCUCUGCCACCACAUGCGAUUCCUGCAGCCAGAGGUGCAGAAAGUGGUGCCCAGCUCUGCUGUCUACUUCUCCAUCCUGAGGAACCCCGUGCAGCUCAUGGAGUCCUCCUUCACGUACUACAAGGGCGCGUCAGCUUUCUCACAUGUGCGCAGCCUGGAGGAGUUCUUGAGCCAGCCCCACCUCUACUAUGACCCCUCCAAGGGCGACAGCAACUAUGCCAAGAACCUCAUGACCUUCGACUUUGGCUUCAACCCCAAUGCUGAGGUGUCUGCUGAGCGGGUGCAACUCAUGGUAAAGGCCAUCGAGGCGUCCUUCGACUUACUCCUCAUCUCCGAGUACUUUGACGAGUCCAUGGUGCUCCUGAAGGAGAUGCUGUGCUGGGACCUGGACAGCGUCGUCUCCUUCCCGCUCAACACCAGGGACAGCAGCACGAAGUCCUUCCUCUCAGACAGCGUCGUGGAGAAGAUAAAGGAGUGGAACAGGCUGGACUGGGAAAUCUACAUCCACUUCAACAGGACUUUCUGGGAAAGGAUCGACCGAGACAUCGGCCGGGAGCGCAUGGAGCGGGAAGUGAGGGCGCUGCGGGAGCGGCAGGCAGAGCUGGCGAGGACCUGCCUGCAGGGCACGGGUGGCGUGGCCCCGAAGGACAUCAAGGACUCCUCCCUGCGGCCACUGCAGUACGGCAGCGCCAGGAUCUUGGGCUAUAACCUCAAGCAGGGCUUGGAUAAGGAGACGGAGCACAUGUGCCGGCGCCUGGUGACCCCGGAGCUGCAGUACAGCAGCGCCCUCUACAAGAAGCAGUUCCCCCCAGUGCCCCCCGAGACCCCCCAGCCCACUCCCUCUGGGCAGGGCAGUGCCCCGCAGCACAGGCUGGAGGACACCCAACACUGAACCUCCCCGCCCCCUCCAGACACCUUCUCCAGCCGCCUUGGCUGAGGACAGCGAGGCACUCGG